GAUAGGAAAAUCAAUUCCCUCCUACCAAAAAGGUUUUGAGGAAUUACUUUUGUAAACGACGCCCAAUCUCCAACAACUGGCGACAUCUCUGUGGUCUCCACGCUCGCUCUUUAGUUAAGAAGAAUUCUUCUUCAACCCCCGAAAUGCCUUGCUUCUGCAUCUGAAAGCAGCCCCCAAUUCAUCUCUCUCUCUCUCUCGUACUCGUAUACAUAUCAGUCUGAUUUCGAAAGCAGCUUCUGAAAGAAGAGGAAGAGAAUGGGGACACUUGGAAGAGCAAUCUACACCGUCGGUUUUUGGAUCCGUGAAACCGGCCAAGCCAUGGAUCGCCUCGGCUGCCGCCUCCAAGGCAACCACUACUUCCAGGAACAGCUGUCUAGGCACCGAACCCUCAUGAACGUAUUUGACAAGGCUCCUGUGGUUGAUAAGGAUGCAUUUGUUGCCCCUAGCGCUUCUAUUAUUGGAGAUGUUCUGGUUGGACGAGGUUCUUCUAUUUGGUAUGGAUGUGUUCUCAGAGGUGACGUGAACAGUAUUAGCGUUGGAUCUGGAACAAAUAUACAAGAUAAUUCUCUUGUUCAUGUAGCCAAAUCUAAUCUAGCUGGAAAGGUUUUACCUACUAUUAUCGGUGACAACGUAACUGUUGGUCAUAGCGCUGUCUUACAUGGAUGUACCGUUGAGGAUGAGGCAUUUGUGGGUAUGGGUGCAACCUUGCUUGAUGGGGUAGUUGUUGAGAAACAUGGAAUGGUUGCUGCUGGAGCCCUUGUGAGGCAGAAUACGAGGAUCCCGUGUGGAGAGGUGUGGGGAGGUAAUCCUGCAAAGUUUCUGAGGAAGCUUACAGAGGAAGAGAUAGCAUUCAUCUCCCAGUCGGCCACAAACUACACCAACUUAGCACAGGUUCAUGCAGCUGAAAAUGCGAAGAGCUUUGAUGAGAUAGAGUUUGAAAAGGUGCUCCGCAAGAAGUUUGCUCGUCGGGAUGAAGAGUACGAUUCUAUGUUGGGCGUUGUUCGGGAAACGCCUCCUGAGCUCAUCCUUCCAGAUAAUAUCUUACCAGACAAAGCACCUAAGGCUGUCUGAACUGAGAUUUUUUGCCUGUUAGGGAUCUUCCUACCGGUGGUUUUCAAGUUAAAAAGGAUGUUUUGUUUUGUUAUUGACAUUGGCUGCCUUGCUUUUCUAAUAAUUUUUGGGGCCAGGCUGAAGUUAUAAUGAUCCGGUAAAUGGCUCUGUUGAGAAACUCUAUUUUGUCUUUGUUGAGAGCAUUAGUACUUGAGACAUUAUUCUGAUGUUGCAAGAUUAAUUUGGAGGGGAUAUGGAGGGACUCUGUUGUUUGUCCCAGGAGCAUUAUCUUGAGGGAUUAUAAUUUGUAUUGGGAACCAAGGAUAAGAACUGAGGUCCACUGUUGAUGGAUAGAAAUAAAGCCCAAUUCCCAAAAACAAAAAAAA